CUCCCACAUGGGGUGACUAGAGGCUUAGUGUGAGCCUGAUUAGUUGUGUUGCUGCUGGGUCCAAGAUGUUAGUAGAGACGAGCACCCAAACAAAUGCAUGGACAUAGACUUGCUUCUGUACCAGUUCCAGAGAAGAUGGUGGCCACUGUGCACACCUUGCUCACCUCAAGUAAACAUGUUCAACCUGAUGAGCAACUGCUGCAACUGGGUCUCCAAAAUCCAGGAGCCCAUCAGGAAAGUCACUGUUCUUGUGGUCGGUCUUGACAAAGCAGGAAAAACAUCCUCCAUCAGAGGGAUGUUGAGAGUCCCCCACGGCGUAGACGCAGGGCCCACCCACGGCUGCAUCAGGAAUGAGCUGAGAGUGGAGAACUACCUGGUCACGCUGCUGGAUGUUGGAGGAUCAGCAGAGUCGAGAGGAGCCUGGAGGGAGCUCUGUGGAGAGGCCCACGGGAUCAUCUUCGUGCUGGACUCCAGCGACAGGCUGAGGAUAAAGGAGGUCAAAGAGGUUCUCGCUGACCUGCUGAAGCAAUCGAGAGUGGCGGGAAAACCCAUACUGGUGUUGGCCAACAAACAGGAUAAAAUGAACGCUUUGCUGGGAAGUGAACUGAUUGAGAUUCUGUCUCUAGAGAAGCUGGUCAACCAGAGCCGCUCUCUGUGCCAUAUUGAGCCUUGUUCAGCCUUAAUGGACCUGCGACGCUGGUCAGACAGAAAGACUCUGCGAGGCCUUCGCUGGCUGCUGCGUGCUGUUUGCCUGGAUUACCCAGAGCUCUGCACUCGAGUAGCCCAGGACAGCAAGAGGCCUCUGGAGGCACGAGAGAGAGAGAAGAUCGGAAAAGCAGAGAAAGUGCGCAAAAAACCCAAAGUGGAACGAAUUCGAUCCAGCAAGUCGGACCUCCGUCAGGUUCAUCGGCCCAAAGACAAGGAGAAAAAGACCAAGGUGGAGGGAAAGCUGCAACCUAUUCGGAACAUGCUGCAAAAGGAGACCACGCUGAAAAAGAAGCUGAAGACAAAGAAGAAGAAGAAGCAGGUUAAGGUCAAGGAAGGUGAAAAAGACCAAGAACAGGCCAACGAACAAGAGGAGGAAGAGGAGGGUGAUGGUAACGAAGGAGAGCAAGAAAACGCCAGUCACAGAGACAGAGCCAGCAGCGCCCUGAUCCCUCCGAAAAAAGGCAAACUGAAACGCAAAACUAAAGUGAAAGAAGAGACUCUGGAUGUGCCGGAGUCACCUGACAAUGACGAGAAGCCGCUGAAAGGGGAAAAGAGGAAGAAGAAGAAAGUUGUGAAAGUAAAAAGAAAAAACAAGAUCAACACAGAGGAGAUGCCUGAAGCUUAUUCUCAACCUGUGGACCUUUCUGCUACUUUUGAUCUUUACCGAAAAGCGAUCCAGGCUCUGAAGGACCGUCAGGAUCAGGGGCAGUGAGAGUGAAUCCUGGUUGUGCACAGCAGUAGCUUUUACACAACAUCACUUCACUAACUACUAUUUCUAUAUUACUUCCUGUACAGUAGGCUGACCACCUGAUCCCUGAACAUGUGGAAUGAAACUGCAGAUUCCAAAUUGUAGUGAAGGGCAGGUUUAAAUAAUACUUAAAUUAAAAAAAGAAAAACUAAAAACAUCAAUAAUAUAAAAUUUCUAAAAA